AGGACCAGAAGUUUGCAGAAUCCUCUGCCGAGUAACAGAGUUCAAAUCUAUAAACCAUGGAUGCUGCUCAAGAAAACGCAGACGAACGCCCAGCCAAUGUUGAUGAGAAUGUGCUUGCAAAGCUCGAGCAAGUGGCGAAGUUCCAACACGCUAUCUCGUGUGGGGAUGCGGACUGCAGCCAGCCAAUUUGUUUGAAAAUAAAGGCCAUCAACAACCACUAUGCUAUAUGCCAGGAAAGAUCGAAUUGCGUGCACUGCAAGUUUCUCUUCAAGUUCUUCGGCUACCACGCCCAAAGGUGCACAGAUGGGAAGUGCCAGGUGCCAUUCUGCUUUCGCAUAAAGCAGAAAUUUGCGUUGAAUAAAACUUUUUCACGUGUUAAGAGGCAUCAAUGUGUGGAUCUCCUGUAAGUUUUGACGUUUUAUACACGGUGGCUAAAAAAUAACUGCAUUCCCGUCCCCAGGGAGGUUUUGGGAUUAUACUGAGCAACUUUUACUAUGGGACCAACCCCGAAAUUGCGAGAAAAAAAUUACCCUCCCAUAGAAAAUGGACCAGCCAAAAUGUAUGAAACAGCCAAAUU